GCUGAGAAAGCCUGUGACACAGAAUGACUCAGGAGAUGCUCCCAUUGCCUCUCAGGAAAUGCUGAGCAUGAGACAGCAUGGCUCUUGUGGUUAGGGACUGGCAGGUUCUGUGGCAUCCCAAUAUUCUUUCUGAGGAUUCCAGAGAGGGUAGUGCUUGACUGGGGUCUGUCCACUUUCCUUCCAGGCUCAUCCCUAGGCUCUGCCUCCAGUUGAAGCAUGAAUGGCCUUGAGACAGCCUCUCCAGGUCUGAUGGCCAACUCUUCCCUGGGCACUGCAGACCAGUGUGGCCAGGAGACAUGGCUGCAGAAUGUCUUCUUUGCCUCUUUCUACCUCCUGAGUUUUCUCCUGGCUUUUGUCGGCAAUGCCCUGGCCCUGUGGCUUUUCAUCCAGGACCGCAGACCAGGCACCCCUGCAAAUGUAUUCCUGAUGCACCUGGCUAUGGCAGACCUGUCCUGUGUGCUGGUCCUGCCCAUGCGCUUUGUCUACCACUUCGCAGGGAACCACUGGCCAUUUGGGGAAAUCCCGUGCCGCCUUACCGGCUUCCUCUUCUAUCUCAACAUGUAUGCCAGCAUCUAUUUCCUCACCUGCAUCAGUGCUGACCGCUUCCUGGCCAUUGUGCACCCUGUCAAGUCCCUCAAACUCCGUAGGCCUCUCUAUGCACACCUGGCCUGUGCCUUCCUCUGGGUGGUGGUGGCCAUGGCCAUGGCCCCACUGUUGGUGAGCCCACAAACCGUGCAGACCAACCACACAGUCAUCUGCCUGCAGCUCUACCGGGAGAAGGCCUCAUACCAUGCACUCAUGUCCUUAGCUGUGGCUUUCACCUUCCCAUUUGUCACCACUGUUACCUGCUACCUGCUGAUCAUCCGCAGCCUGCAGCAGGGGCCCCGUGUAGAGAAGCGCCUUAGGAACAAAGCAGUCCGCAUGAUUGCCAUGGUGCUGACCAUCUUCCUGGUCUGCUUCGUGCCUUACCAUGUCCAUCGCUUUGUCUACGUGCUGCACUUCCACAGCAGUGGUGCCUCAUGCACUGCCCAGCAUGCCCUGGCCCUGGGGAACCGGAUCACUUCCUGCCUUACCAGCCUCAAUGGGGCACUCGAUCCCAUCAUAUACUUUUUUGUGGCUGAGAAGUUUCGAAACACCCUGUGUAACCUGCUCAGUGGCAAAAGGCUCUCAGGCCCACCUCCCAGCUUUGAAGGGAAAACCAAUGAGAGCUCCCUGAGUGCCAGGUCAGAGCUGUGAGUUCCAGCCACCACCUGAACCUGCUGCAGACUGUCUCAGGACAACUCCCUUAGGGUUUUGAGGUUUCUCCCAGACUCACAAAGAAGAAGCCCAUUUCUCCCAGGCCACACUCUGAAAAAAGAAACUGAAAUCUCAGUGAAUUACUGCCACUCCUUCCAAGGUCAGAAUUCAUUACCUAGUGUCCAGUUCUGACUGAUCUGAUGCACAAACCCCUAAAGAGGAGAACUGUGUGAAUCAACUGCCCCCUCUGCAGACUGUGUUGGCCCAGCUUGCUUAUAGCUAUUAGGUAAUUAGUGACUUUGCCCUGUAGUAAGACAGGCGAGGAGGCCAGAGGAAUAACUCCUGAGCGAUGAGUGUUUUUAUUUCCUGACUGCUGC